AUGCUGACUGCUCCGUCGGUAUUCCUCGGUGGGUUACCGAGUGGUGCUACUCGCGAAGGCCGUCCAUCUCAAAGAUCGUUCAUGCAACUGGCAGGCCAAAACCAGCAUCGUGCAUCUACGAUCAUGAGCACGAGAAUGAUGCAUAUGCACAAGGCCCGCUCUCGAGAUAAUAACCAACCAUCAUGCCAUCAGCUUUGGGAGGCGUUAGUCGUAUUAUGGCGGCAUUAUAUGCGUCUCCCGAGUGCCGGCCGAGUCCAACUUCUGAAGCAUUCGCCGCAUUGGGAUUCGGGAGCUUGGACCGGCCACAGUGAAUCUCUAUAUAAGACCCGUCUUGAGCUCCAACCCAGGACUUUGCAAGACUUUUGCCACAAGAUCAUCUAUACCACGGGUCUGCUAUCCUCUCCAGACUCCAUCGGCCCAACUAUCAACUCCUUGUUACGGCAAAUGAUGGGAUCCCUAAAUGAAAAUGAGGGCAGCGGUGCAGAGGGCCCAUAUGUGGUGAGGGAUGAGCCUCUUGGGACAUUGCGUCCAGUCCGGAUAGUGACCAUAGGAGCGGGAGUGAGCGGCAUCAACAUGAUCCGGACACUGAAGCUGAACACGAGCAAUUUCGAGCACGUGGUCUACGAGAAGAACCCUGGCAUCGGGGGCACUUGGUUUGAGAACCGGUAUCCAGGGUGCGCCUGUGAUGUCCCAUCGCAUAACUAUCAGUUCUCACAUACGCCAAAUCCAGGCUGGAGUGCCUUGUUCUCCGAGGCUGCUGAAAUCCAGAGGUACCUGCAGCAUGUAUGCGAUAAGCAUGGGUUGAAUGGAUAUAUCAAGCUGUCCCAUAGCGUCAUUCAUGCCCAAUGGGAUGAGGGCUCUGGGAAGUGGAUUUUGAAAGUCAGAGAUGAAGUUACGGGCACGGUUUUUGAGGAUAGAUGUGACUUCUUGCUUGAUGCCUCCGGAAUUCUUAACAACUGGAAGUGGCCUGCAAUAAAGGGUCUAGAUACAUUCAAGGGCGACCUGAUCCAUUCAGCGAAUUGGCCCAAGGACUUUGAUUAUAAAGAUAAGACAGUGGCCGUGAUAGGGAAUGGAUCUUCUGGCGUUCAAAUUGUUCCGGCUCUUCAACCUGACGUCAAGAAACUGGUUCACUUUUUUCGGACACCAACAUGGAUUGCUCCUCCACACACCCAGGUUAUGGCAGCAAGCCCAGCUGCACCUUUACUAGCCUCGAUCAAGAUGGAUUCCCAAGGCAAAUUCACGGAGAGUCAGAUCGAGGAAUUUAAAACCGAUCCAGUGAAGUACGCGACAUUUGUCAAAACCGUCGAGGCUAUAGUGAACUCGAGGUUCAAAUCGCUUAUCAAGGGGACAAUUGAAGCAGAUAUGGCACGAAAGAUAACAGCUCAAUAUAUGGCCCAUGCCCUAAAUCAGGAUCCAGCCCUAGUUAAGUCAUUGAUUCCUGACUUCCCAGUGGGAUGUCGACGUCUUACGCCUGGUGUUGGUUACCUCGCGGCAUUGGGCCAAGAAAAUGUCCGGGUAGUCAACGAUGAGAUUCAGGAAGUCUGCCCCGAAGGUAUCAAGCUGGCAAGUGGAGAAAUAAUAGCUUUAGAUGCUAUCGUUUGUGCGACUGGAUUCAAUGUCUCCUUCGUCCCCCGAUUCCCUAUGAUUGGAGAAUUCGGAAACUUGCAGGAUAUCUGGAAGAAAUCCUUGCCAGCCUCAUAUAUGUCAUGCAUGGUACCUGGCAUGCCAAAUUAUUUCACCUUCCUUGGUCCGAAUGCACCAAUUGGCCACGGAAGUGUCCUCACCAUCACCGAACAUCUCGCAAAAUACAUCACGAAAGUGAUUAUGAAAUGCCAAGUCGAGGGAAUCAUCUCCGUCCGUCCAUCAGCUGCAGCAGUUGAGGAUUUCUCUGCCCAUAUUGCAACCUUCAUGCCCCGAACUGCCUGGGCUGCUCCCUGCAGCUCGUGGUUCAAGGGUGGGACGACAGACGGCCCAGUUACUGCAUUACACCCAGGAAGUCGAAUCCAUUGGUUCCACAUGCUGGAGAACCCGAGAUGGGAAGAUUUCGAUUGGAAGUCUGCCAGCCGGAACAGAUUUGCAUAUCUGGGGAACGGCUUCUCUACGAAAGAAGCUCCGGGCCAGAAUUCUACUUGGUAUCUGGAUGACCCCGAUGCUUUGUGGUAGACCAUUUUCCUUUUAGGCAUGGGCGUUGGGUUGGGUAGUGGUUACGAUUCUUACGAAGUAUCCGAUGAUUUUAUAAUGCCAGAGACUCGGGGUGGCAUUGCUUUUUUUUCAUGAACCAUUCGGGCAUUGCAAAAUCUCUCGUACUGAUACCUUUUCAUGCACAAACAUGCAAGUUCUCCGGGUUUUAGACGAUGAUACGAAUUGAACGACGAAUUGAAUGAACAUCGAAGUC